CUACUUGUGUUACUGUGUUUUUCUUAAGAAUCCAAGACUCCCCUUUCUUGUCUUCAAGCUAAGAAUGGCGAACAGCAACAUUCCCUUCUAUAAAUCUAAUACUCAACCAUGGCCAACGACAACAACUACAACAACAACAAUUCCCCUGCACCAGACCGAUCAAAAUUCACGUCAAAAUGGACCCAAGAUUGUAUGAAGCUGCCUCCAACGGAGACACAGCUUCCUUUCAAUCCUUAUUCUCCGCAGACCCACUCCUACUUGACCGGGUCUCCUUAGAUUCAACACAAAACCCUCUUCACGUCUCCGCCUUGGCUGGCCAAACCGAAUUCUUCAUCCAAAUCUUAUCCCUAAAACCGGCAUUCGCAGAGGAAUUAGACGAGCAUGGAUUCAGUCCCCUCCACAUUGCGGCUGCGAAGGGAAACGUGGAGAUGGUGAGGGAGAUCUUGAAGGUUGUUGGAGGUGGUGCUGUUUGUCUUUUGAAGGGAAAGGAUGGGAGGGUCCCACUCCAUUGCGCCGCCAUGAAAGGGAGGUCUGAGGCGGUGAUCAGGGAGCUGGUGGAAGCUUGUCCGGAGUCUGUGAAGGAAGUGACGGCGGCGAGAGGGGAUACGGCGCUUCAUGUGGCUGUGAGGAGCAAUCAGGUCGGCGUUGUUAGGGUUUUGCUUGAGGAGAUGAGGAGGGUUGAGUUGAUGGAGGUUGUCAAUUGGACAGAUAUACAAGGGAAUACAGUGCUGCACUUGGCAACACUAAACAAACAAUACCAGAUAAUAAAACUCUUACUUGGUGAAGAUGCAAUUGCUUACGGAGUUGAUGUCAAUUCUGUCAACUCUAGUGGGCUCACCCCCAAAGAUGUCCUGGACAUCAUGCAAGCAAGAAGUAACACUCUUGAGAUUGAAAUUGCUGAUAUUUUCCGAUAUGCUGGAGCAUCGAAAGCUCGAGAAGUCACAAAGAAAAACACUUCCCAUCAUGAACUCGAAGCUAGAAAUCCUAACACAGACCGAGUAACAUCAGAAACUUCAUUUCCCUCCCGUUGGAACCUCUGGAGAGAGAUAAUGAAAGAAAUAAAAGAAUCACCAAAAGAAACCCAAGAGACACUGAUGGUUGUUUAUGUUCUUAUUGCAACAAUGACAUACCAAGCUAUACUUAGCCCUCCAAGUGGGUUCUGGUCAUCAGAGUCUCCAAGGUCUCAAUCUACUCCUAUUUCCUCUUCUCAUACUAAUGAGGCUACUGUUCAUAGUUUUCAGAGAAGAAAUAUUUUGCCUGGAGAAGCUGUAAUGAGCACUGAUCCUGAAGUGUUUGCCAUAUUCACCGUCUUCAAUUCAAUAGGAUUCUUUUCUUCUAUUGCCAUGAUUUCUUUCCUCACCAGUGGAUUCCCUCUCAGAGCAGGGCUGAGACUUACCAUUCUUUCCUUGACUGCAACUUACGUGAUUUCAGUGAUUUACAUAGCACCAACACAGACUAAUACUGUGCGCGUGGCGGUUGCAUGUGUAUCACUGCUUGUUCUUGUGGAGUGUGCAAGGUUUAUUGUGUGGUUGCUCAGGAAGUUGGGAAUUCUUCCUGUACCAUCUUGGAAAUUGAGAAGUUCUGCUGAUGGGUCUCAUGGCUCUCCUAGGGUUUGAACUGGAAGGUUUCAUACUACUGUAUUAUUUUUAGCACACACAAUACCAUAAGUUUGAGAUGUUAUUUCUAGGAAGAAAUGAAUACCUAGAAAAAACAGAACUUUUACUUCCUUUACUGUACUCGUGAAAUUGAAUAAUUCAGCUUCUGGUCUUUCUACAGAUACCAUGCUCUUCCUUUUGGUGUUAUCAACAUGGUUUUCAUAAUACAUCCACUCAUAGUA